UGAUGCGGCUGAGCGGCCGGCACGGACUGGAUGCAUAAUUGGCCCAUUUUAGACAUAUAUGUGCACUUGCCUUUGUCUAGUUUCUAUGGCAACAUUGUUAUUGAAUGUCGAUCUGUAACCGGAGCGGCGUAGAAAACUGAUUAGCAGUAACGGCAGAGGAGGAAGAAGAAGAAAGAAGAGGAAGUGCGGAGCAGUAACUGAGAGGAGUUGGCCAUCAAAUUGCACCGGAUGUCAUUACACGCUCUGAAAUAUCGAGGAGUAUAAUCGGGACCAAAGGCAGAGCCAUGGAGGCUGUGGUACAUCUGGUGAAUGACACUUUAGAAUUUUACAAAUGGAGCCUUACUAUAGCAGACAAGAGGGUGGAGAGUUGGCCGAUGAUGUCGUCUCCCAUCCCCACUCUGGCCAUCAGCUGCCUGUACCUGCUCUUCCUGUGGGCGGGGCCUAGAUACAUGCAGGACCGCCAGCCCUACAUACUCAGGAAGACCCUCAUAGUCUACAACUUCAGCAUGGUGGUCCUCAACUUCUACAUCGCCAAAGAGCUCCUACUAGCCUCUAGAGCAGCCGGGUACAGCUACCUCUGUCAGCCUGUCAGCUACUCCAACGAUGUCAACGAAGUCAGGAUCGCCUCGGCUCUCUGGUGGUACUACAUCUCCAAAGGGGUGGAGUUCCUGGACACCGUCUUUUUCAUCCUGAGGAAGAAGUUCACCCAGGUCAGCUUCCUCCACGUCUACCAUCACUGCACCAUGUUCAUCCUGUGGUGGAUCGGCAUGAAGUGGGUCCCCGGUGGACAGUCAUUUUUCGGUGCAUCCAUCAACUCUUCCAUCCACGUGCUCAUGUACGGUUACUACGGCCUGGCGGCUUUGGGACCUCUGAUGCAGAAGUACCUCUGGUGGAAGAAAUACCUCACCAUUAUUCAGAUGAUCCAGUUCCACGUGACCAUCGGCCACGCCGGCUACGCCCUCUACACCGGCUGUCAGUUCCCCGCCUGGAUGCAGUGGACUCUGAUUGGCUACGCCGUCACCUUCAUCGUCCUUUUCGCCAACUUCUACUACCACGCUUACCGACGCAAACCCUCCUCAUCCUCCUCCUCCUCCUCCUCGCAGAAGGCCGGCAAGCGCACGGCAAACGGCACCUCCACGCUGGCUAACGGCCACGGCAAAGCGGGGGAGCCGGGGGAGAACGGGAAGAGGCAAAAGAAAGGAAGAGCGAAGAAGGAGUGAAGGAGGGGAGAUAGAAAUGUGUUUUUUUUUUUUAAAAGACAGUUGUUUUUAAAGGGCCAGAGAAGGAGAGCGGGUGGGAGUGAACAGGAACCAGACGGGCUUCGUCACCCCUGCGCAUGAUGUAGAAAGAUGUGAUUUGUGAGCAGAUUGAACAGGUGAAAGGGUAGAAGUGUGUGUUUGUGUCUUUGUCAAAGGGUUUCGAGAGGAAGAGAGGGGUGUCGGUUGUCUCCUGAUGGCGUCGGCUCCGGGCUUUUCUGGAGCGUAACAGGACCAAAGUAUUAGAGGACCUACAGUCUGCUCAGCAUCCGAGAACUUAUCGACCAAAAUUCACCUCCAACUUUUGUACUCUGGAUUCCAGUAUUGUUUUAACCGGAAGCUGACUUAGUCUUUAAUAAGCUCUUUUUUAUUUCUUUCUAGUGCUCGAUACGAGUUUUAAUGAAUUUAACUAUUACCAACAAAACGACAUGCAGGUGCAUUUUCUUUUUCUUGGUUCGUGGGGGGGGGGAAUUUAAGUUUACUCGUAUUUACAGUUGCGCAAGUUUAGCGAACUAAGAAGAAAAAUCACAACUGACAUUUACUGUAUUUUAUUAAUUUAUCUACUUCCCCUACCGAUCCAAAAAUGUCCGUGACUUUUCAUCCCUCUGCUGUCUGAUAUUGAUUUAACUGCGCUGCACUUACAGAAUGACAUAUUGUCUUUGUAAUCAUUGUGAAUUGAAAACUUGGUUUUAAAACACGUUGUGGGAGGGGGAACUGUAGUUCCCUUUAUUUAUGCAAAAUGUGUGGAUAUCUUUGUUUAAAUAUCUCUUGUGGGUCCUCAUGAUUUAUUUCCUUAGCCGAGGUGCAACAACAGUCUGAGAUGUGGAACUCCGCUGCAUAUCGUCUCACUGCCGUGGAGCACUGACGGGACACGCCUCCUAAAAAGAGUGUUUUUUUAUUUUUUAUUCAAGAAAUCAAACGGUUAUUUCAUUGUCUGAAAAAUAAUGAAAGCAACACAGCUUCUGGCUGCUCAUAUAACUGAAAUAAAGACAAUGUCUGCACCCCAUA